CGACUCUUCUGAUUGGUUAACGUCAUUAGUCAGCGCUGCUGCAUGCGUAGCCAGAACACGACCGACAUGUUAUUAAUAAGUUCAGUUAAAUACGGCGCCUGAAAAAAUUUUUUUUUUUUUAUUAAUUCUGCUUUUAAACAAACGUGCAUGUUACCGUAUGGUGUCGUAACUGACAUUAGUGUAAGAUCUGGUUUGCGGGAAAGCAAGAGAGUGCGCGGAUCAGGCGCUGAAUGCGGCUCUUCCUCACAAUCAGAGGAACAUCAGAAGAAUCAACCGGAGGCUUCACACCGCAACCAUUCUCAGGUCUACUGAUCAUGGCGACGUCUGCUGAAGACCACAGCGUUCUCGAGGAGGAGCUGACGUGUCCAGUGUGUCUGGAUCUUUACCGUGACCCGCACCUGCUGCCCUGCGGCCAUAACUUCUGCCUGCCGUGCCUGCGCAGACUCAAGAGCCGCUCGGACCACGGCCGUCUGCGAUGUCCCGAGUGCCGGCAGAGUCACCGCAGCUCCGCCAACUGGCAGAAGAACUUCAAACUGGCCAACAUCGCUGACGGUUUCCGCCGUCGUGGCCAAUCAGAGCGCUCCACCCAGAGCCGGAGCGACGCGUCUCGCAGAGCCGCCCAGGUUCGCUGCGAUUACUGUCCCGAGGACGCCAGCGAGGACGGGGAGGGUCCGGCGGCGGUUAAAACCUGCCUGAAGUGUGAAGUGUCCAUGUGCCCGAAGCACGUCCAGCCUCAUCUGGAGCUGCCGGCGUUCAGAGAGCAUCCGCUGGUGGAGCCGCUCGGUGACAUGAGGAAGAGGAAGUGUUUGGAGCACGACGAGAUGUUCCGGUACUAUUGCCUGGAUGAGCGCUUGUUCCUCUGCAACGCCUGCACCAUAGAGGGAACGCACUCUGGACACUCCAUCAAAACACUGAAGAACGCCAUGAAGGACUUCAAGGUAGGUCCGCUGUGUCCAGGCCCUUUCACUCUUCUCACAUCGGUACACACUUAUACCUCAGAAUAUGGUUUCGGUAAUCAGAUCCCAAAGUGCUUUGAACCUCUUUACACCAUUUAG